AUGAAAACAAGCUCCUAUUCCGCUCCCUCUUCCUACGAACGACAUCCACCAAGUACCUUUACCAAACGCGAUUCAAUUUUGAGCAUUGAGAAUUGUUUGGGACAAUCAAUUGCCACGAAACAACAACCUCCACCUCCGAGCAGCUCUAUCCCUUCUUCAGUGGCACUAGUAGCCAAAGAAGGAGCUCCUUCUACGAGUCGUACUCAUUACCCUUCCUCAAAUCAGGGCCAAAACCACUUAGUUAAUCAUCAACAUUCAUUUGUAAAUAGAGCUCAUACUGUAGAUGGAUCAUCAGGGAAAAGCUCUUCAUGCAGCACAAAUUCGACACAUCAACCACUCUCUCAAAGAGCCAUUCCCAAACGAAAACUCAUGGUGAUGAGUAUGUUACAAAAUCAAUUGGAAGAACAGAGACAAAAGAAAGUUGCUGAACAGCAACAAGAAUAUAUACAAUCGACGAUUCAUUUAUCGUCACAUCAAACACAAAAUAGCAAGGUGAAUCGAAUGACCAUUAAUCAUAACUUAAUUGUGAACAGCGAGGAACAUCAACAAGGAAUGUUUCAAGAAUUGAAAGAAUUUUUGGAUCCUUUUGGUUUAGAACAAGAUGAUUCGCCACAUCUUUCUGAACACAAUUCCAGUACAUUCAUUAAGGAUACGCCAAAUGUACUGCUUCAGCAACACAAUAUUGACACUAUUUCUCCAACUUUUAAUCCUUCUCCAAACAUGCUUCAAAAUAAUUUACCAUUUAAUCUUGAGGCAAAACAUACAGUCUCGACUUCAUUUAGAAAAAAACCCCAACCGAAAGAAUACAUGGUAAAAAUUACAAAUUUACCCAAUUCCAUUACGAUGAAUGAUAUUCAUAAUUUAAUUCUGGAACGUUGUAAAAUUAUUUCUGAAAAUAUUCAAAUCAAACAAGCAAAAACAAAUUCACAAAGCAAAUAUGCCCUCAUUGACAUGCAAUCGAAAGAAGAUGCUCAACAAGUGAAAACAAAUAUUGAAGGAUUGAAAAUGGACUUGCACGAAUUGAAAGUUAAAAUCAAAGUGAAAAAACAAAAAACCACACAAUCCAACGAUAAGAAGAAACAAAAGUCAACCAAUAAUGACGAAUCAAUUGUCACAAUUUAUCGAGCUUUUGAUGCACAAGACGCUACGAGUGCAAAAUCCGUCCCACCUCCCAUUGAAAACUUUUUUACGUCCAUCCAGAUUGAUUACAAAAUCACAGAAUCGGUCGAAGAUAUUUUAGGCUAUACUUAUUGCAACAAAUCUUAUUUAAUGAUUGCCCUAACACAUGGACAUCCUACCAUGAAGGAAUGGACCUCUGAAUCGAGAAGAAUGAUUUCAUCGUUUCUACAAGAUCCUCAUUUCGUAAUUUUUGCUGAUCAUCCAACAUUGGACCAAUUAAUUUCACACUCCCACAAUGAAAUUGAGCACACCAUUAUUAUGUCUUCACUCAUGAAGCUAAACACAUUAGAUCAAUAUUGUAACAAGUUCACAAGUGGAUACAAUGUGGUCUCUGUUUCAGACUUGGCCGAUUGUUUUUUGUCUCUCAUGUAUUCAGUGAAAGAAGAUUGUCAAGGAGACGAAGAAGAGUUGAAGGUUGUGCUGUGGAGAAUGUAUCAACCUUUGGGAUGUCUAGUGAGCGCAAAUAUUUCUGAACAAGAUCUUGAGAUGCUGCUCCAACGAGGGGCCACAUGUCACUCUUGUCAACACAAUAUCACACCUUCCUCAAUCAACAACACCAAAUGGUCCACCGAAAAUUUCAACAAACUUGUCAAUCAAAACUUAAUCACAGAUCCCAACGGAGAGUUAAAUUAUGAAGGUAUGAUUUUUUCUGAGGAAUGUUUAGGAAAGGCACUGCAUUAUGCUUCUCGAGCAUCAAGCAAAAGUACUUCAUCGAUUAAGGCGCUCAUACGACGAGGGGCUGAUCCAAAUUUUCGAUGGAAUGGAUUUACACCACUCAUGAUUGCUAAAACUCCCUCUCAAAUCAAAACUCUUAUUCAAUGUGGAGCUGCUCUUGAUGAUGUGAGCGAACCUCAUGGACUUGGUGUAUUGAGAUGUGCCGUUGAAAGAAGGAAUUUAGCUGUGGUGAAUUAUUUGUUGGAAGAGUUUGGGUUUGUCACAAUCCUCGAGGAUCAAAUACUACAAGCGACGGAUCAUGCCAUUCAACUCGUAUCUCGCUCCAAUCAUUUGGACGAAAAAAAGAAGGCGAAAUUAUUCGAAAUUAUUGAAGUUUUACAAAAUGCUUUAACGUCUAAUAUGGAUUAA